AUGCCUGCUGUUAAAGCUAUUGUGGCCGAGGUGCCAACCACCCCUCUAGUGAGGAAUUGGUCCCUGCAAGAAGUGGAUAUCAGCUCCCCUGGCGAUGACGAAGUCUUGGUCGAGCUGUAUGCCACGGGCAUCUGCUCGACCGACAUUCUACUUGGCUCAUUGCCAAAGGGUUCGAUGAGCGUAGAAUACCCGAAGAUCGUGGGACACGAAGGGGCUGGUAUUGUACGGGAGAUUGGUAAGAAUGUGCGGUCUGUAGCUUUAGGCGACCCGGUUGUCCUAUCCUUCAGCUCCUGCACAUUGUGCGCGCAAUGCGAGGAUUCUCACCCUGCAUACUGUGAUGACUUUAGGCCUCGAAAUUAUCGCGGGAAACAAGAGUCGACGAAAAUUAUUUCCUCAGGCAAAAAAGUAUGGACUGAGUUCUUCGGACAGUCGAGCUUUGCACAAUUUAGUGUUGUCAACAAGACGAGUGUCGUGAAUGUCAAGGAUUUGAUCCAGGACUUGAGCGAGCUGAAGCUCUUCGCUCCUCUUGGCUGUGGAUUCCAAACCGGCAUGGGUGCUAUUCAAAAUGUUGCACAAGCUGGUCCCAAAGACGUGGUCUUAAUUUCAGGAAUGGGCGCCGUUGGAAUGGGCGCUCUGAUGACUGCUGUAAUUGAGCAAUGCAAAACGAUUAUUGCAGUUGAUAGAGUGAAAAGUCGCCUUGAUUCUGCAAAGAAAUUUGGGGCCACACACACUAUCAACACGAGCAAUCCGAGUUUCAUAAACUUGAACGAAGCUGUUCGUGCGUUAGUCCCUGGUGGUGCGUCGAUUGCGAUUGAUGCGACCGGUGUCCCUGAGAUUAUCGAGCAAAGUAUGGAGGCAACUCAGAAGCGUGGUAAAAUCAUCCUAAUCGGAGUCCCGCCGCUCGACUAUUUCAUGAAUAUUCAAGGAGCCGCUCUUCUUAAUGCCAUUCCUCAGAUCAUCAAGUGGUAUCGGGAAGGAAAGUUUCCAAUUGAUCAAUGCGUGCAGGCCUUCGGUGCAAUGGAGUAUGAAAAGGCUUUAGUGAGCUUCAAGAAAGGAGAAGUGAUCAAGCCUGUCCUAGUUUGGAAGGAUUAA